UCUCUUCGGUAAACAAAUGUGCAUUUAGUCGACUGGAAGCGAUUUUGCGGCUCUUCCGACUGGGUUUCCGAAAAGUGAGAUGUGUGCGUAGUCCGGCGAGCUUGGAACCGGUGGAGAUCGACGCUUUUAUUUUUUCGUUUUUCGUUUGGACGAUUCGGACUACUUUGAGAUGCGAAUUGCGGUAGAGGUGGUUUUCGUGACGGGAAUUUUCGGAGGUUUCUUCGGUGAUUAUAUUUUUGCGCUGCCGGUGGAGCGGCACGUCAUCGCCAACGGGCAGGGGAAGAGCGACGACGAGAUGUACAGGUCGUAUGUCUCGAUUUCGAACGAUCGAGCGAGUAACAAUAACGAAGUAGACGUACUAUCUCGAGUACAGCAAGUGUACAUCGACACACCCACAACCACCAUAGGCAAAAAUGGUAAGCAGCCAAAAGCGACAAAGGCCUACUUGCUAGUCAAAACUCUGCGACAGAGAAACAAGAGAUACGUCAGUUAUCUCACGCUGUGCCAUUUUAAGAUAUGCAACAUGGGUCGCAAACGAACCACCCGAUAUUUCCACAUGAUAAGGAGACAGGACGAUAACGAGUCGUAAAUUGCCAUCGUUGGGACUGUUGACUUCGUCGUUGUCGUCGUCCAUCGGCUUGCGUCGUAAAUUGAGCCGGGUAUGACCUCUCGCCUGAGGUCACCGCUGUACCCGGCUUGAUCCUGAUCUGUGACGUUCCACUCGGACUUAGGUUAAGAUCUAACUUAUUUAUAUGUAUUAUUUAUAACUGAAACAGUGUUAACAGUAUUUUAAAUAUAGUUUUAAUUUAAGCACCACUUAAGCACAUUUAUAAACGUUACAAAAAUUUUAA